CUCCCUAACCAGAGUUUAUAUUUCAUUGAUCUCAUUGUUUUGUUAGUCGUUCUUAGACGCGUCCUAGAUCGUGACCCGUUCUAUCCAGUUUCUACUAUCUGGUACUCGUUCUACACGCUACAACGAAACUUCUAGAUGUUCGGGUUUUAUGAUAGCUCUCCCCCUUCAUCGCCUCCAAAUUCUUCCAAACUCAUCCUGAGACCCGAAGAAUGCCAAACCUUUACCCUCCCUGAUACGCGCAACCUUGGCUUCGCAACCUACGGCUCCACAACACCCUCCGACCCUGUAAUCUUCUUGUUCCACGGCCUUCCAGGGUGCCGCAUUGUUGGUCGUAGCUGGGACAAGGUCUGCAAAAAAAUCGGUGCCCGCCUCAUUACUAUCGAUCGGCCCGGCUGUGGACUUUCGACGCUUGCUGACAGGGGACUCACUGACUGGCCUGAAGAUGUUGUGAGCCUGGCAAAUUAUCUUGGAAUUAGGCGUUUCAGCGUAUUAGGGGCCAGCGGAGGUGGACCCUUCGCCUUGGCAUGCGCACGUUUCAUACCUAGAGAGAGACUUCGAGGGACAACUGUCGUAUGCGGCAUUGGGCCCAUUGACGCUUUGCCUGACAUGGUGCCAUAUCUCCCUUGGCGCUUGAUGGGCAUAACGCUAUGGUUUCUGAAGGUUGUGGCCCGCUAUGUUAUCCUCCCCUAUCUCCUCCUUCCCUACUACACUAGAGACCCCUCACGCCUCAAACGCGUUCUAGAGAACCAGUGCCAAACCCCGGCAGAAAAAGCACUUAUCAGUAAUGAUAGCGACAGCGACACUAAUCUCGACGAUUCAGUAGCCGGACUCCUUGAGGCUUUUAAACAGGGCACUGAGGGGUGUCUGCAUGACGGAACCGUGCUCGCAAGAAAUUGGGGAUUUGAGUUGAAGGAGGUGAACAGUGAGAAGGUAUGGUUGGUACAUGGGGACAAGGAUACUCAUGCGCCAUUGGGAAUGGCGCAGUGGAUAAACGAACGAUUGGGCGGGGGGAGGCUCAGGGUUCUAGAAGGGAAAACGCAUUUCACCAUUUGGAAGGAUCAUUCUGAAGAGAUAUUCCGGCAAAGCUCAGAGGCAUAGAACAUAAGAAGGUUCUAAUUUCGCCUGGGAUGUCCUUACAGCAACCCUGUCUGUUCAUAAGUAUUUAGCGUUCUUUCACUAAACAAUGAGGCCUCUCCUCACGGCUUCCGCGGGGUGCUACGAUCGUACGGGUGCUUGUCACCAUGAAAAGACAUAAAGUGACUUUAAGAUGUUCGCAUGGUAGUACAUGGC